CGUUGAACCAAUCACAGGUCAUCGCUUUUCUUAAUCGGGUAUCUCUUACAAGCCUCUGACUUCACAACCACUCCUCUUAGUAUCAUGGCUCACAAUAUCCUUGUCACCGGCGGAUCUGGCUACCUAGGUGGCUCUCUGCUCGCACGUUGGCAGGAAACAAACCUUCCCGCCUAUAACAAGCUAUUUGCGCUUGUUCGCACACCUGAGCAAGCCGAUGCGGUCAAGAGAUACGGCGCCGAACCUCUCAUCUUCAACGCCUUCGACGAAGUUGAAGUCAGGGCAGCUGUGGUUGACAACAACAUCUCGAUUGUUUACCAUUUGAUCGCGCCUCGAGACCAUGUAUCACAAUCAUAUUUCAUCAAGGCCCUAGCCGAAGUGAAGAAGCAGAGAGGGCAUGAUGUCCACUUCCUCCAUACCACUGGGGCCAAAAUAUUCUCAUCUCAUGGAGCUGCACCAACGGACCAGCCCCUGCUUGAUAGUGAUCCUAAGUUGUACGAUAUCCAAAAGGCGCAGAGGGCUUCGAACCAGUGGAUGCAAGGCGCCACCAAUAUCAACAACUUCGUGAUUGAAGAGUCAGAGAAACAUGGCAUUCGCAGCUAUAUCUUCGUGCCUUGCAUCGUGUAUGGUGAGGGCGAAGGCUUCGGUAACCGCAUAUCGAUUCAGACAGUGGCGAUCGUUCGCGCUGCCGAAGCUGCUAAGCGAGUAUACAGAGUUGAUACCGAUCGGCCAACUUGGCCGGUGUGCUAUAUUCGCGAUAACACAAACUUGUAUCUCGAGCUCAUGCGUAAGAUUUUGAACGGCGAGAGUCCUGGCUAUGGCAAGAAUGGUUACUAUCUUGCCGCAUCCGGCAGUAUUGCAUGGGAUGACUUGUACGCUGCUAUGGCGACUGCGUUAGCCAAACGUAACGUCAUCUCCGAUGAUGCAGUGACUAUGGCCGAUGACCAGGCUAUCGAGCAAAUGGCUCAGGGUCUGGGGUGUUCUAAAGAUCUAGUACCACUCAUGGUGGGAGGAUAUUGCACCUUCACCGCCGAUCGUGGAUUGAAAGAAUUCGGCUGGAAGCCCCUCCAUAAACCUGAGCAUAUCCUCGAAUAUGCUGACGCCGAGGUGGAUUUCAUCCUUCGGAACAAGAACUGGUAGGACAAACGACAUUCAAAAAGAGCCAAUCUUGGAGAUGAAUACCCAGAGUGCUACUUCUAAUAGUUCCCACGUCAUUUAUUGAGCCUGUACAUAAGACACUAAAGUAAAGCUUAAUAGCAAAUAUAAUGUGACAACUUCCCCGACGCGACCAGAUCAUAAGGAAAAGAAUCGG